UUGAUCAACGAAUAUUGACUAAUGUCUAGUAGCUUGGUGUUAACUAAUAAAGUAAUAAGUAAUAAUUCUGUUUUAAACCAUAUUUUAUAGUGAUYAUUGUUUAAAAUAAAUGAAAAUAAACAAAGAUGGGAAACACAUCAAGUUUAAAGAACCAUGUUGAAACAUCCAGAAAAACGGGUGUGUUAAAUUUGUCAGAUAGUCAUCUUAAACAGUAUCCAGAUUCUAUUGACGUUCUUCAUCCUUUUUUAAGAAAUUUAGAAUUGUCUAAAAACAAAUUAAAAAUAUUACCGAAAUCUAUUGGCCAAUUCAAAGAACUAAAGAUACUAAAUGUCAGCAACAACAUGUUAGAAAAUCUACCUGAAGAAAUAAAUUGCUUGUCAAAGAUUGAAACAUUACAGGUGAAUUGUAAUUUAUUAAAGUCAUUACCUCCAAUGAAUAAUUUGAUGUUUCUAAGACGUGCCUCGUUUGCAGACAAUCAGCUCACCACAUUUCCAGAAUUUUUGUGUGAAUUAAAACAUUUAGAAACAUUAGAUUUAUCCAAAAAUAACAUCACUCAAUUGCCUGAACUUAUUAAACAGUCCAGAUUAGUUGAACUAAACCUAAAUCAAAAUCAAAUUAGAAAAUUGCCAUCUGGUUUAGCUCAAUGCCUCAGAUUGAAGACUUUGCGCGUAGAAGAAAAUUGUCUUGAACUGGAUGAUAUUCCAAAAGAAUUAUUAACAUCGUCUAAAGUGUCAUUAUUAUGUGUUGAAGGCAAUUUAUUCGAUAUGAAAUCUUUAUUGGCAUUAGAAGAGUAUAGCACAUACAUGACAAGAUACACAGAAGUUAAAAAAAAAAUGUUCUAAUUUAUUAUUGAUUUUCUAUUUGUAUAUAAUUGAGUAAUUUACAUUACCUAAAUCAUUAUGCAAUGUAAUUUUAUUAUUUAUUGUUCCAAAAUUAAUUGUUUACUUGCUUUUUGUUAUUUUAUAUCAACAAUCACAUAACGAUCAACUAUGCACAUUAUUCAUAACAUAUCWUAUGGUGAUUUUUUAAAAAUUUAAAUCACUUUAACAGUUGUAGAAGGGGGCCACUAAUACCUUAAAUGUAGGUUGUGAAUAAUGUCUAUUAAUUUAAAAAUUAUUAUAAGUUUAUAAAAAAUAGUCUCACAAUAUUAUGUAGCAAUAACUCAAAAGUUGAUGUUAUUAGUUAUUAAUUAUUACUUUAUUUUAGCACUAAUUGCAAAGACAAAUAAUCAUUGAACUYUUAAAAAGUACAUUUUCUUUAUUGUGUGAAUUAUUUUUAAAAGAAAAAAAGAUUAUUUUCAUUUU